CUCUAUCGGAGCAGGUUGUCUUCGCAAUAGAGUGAAAUAGAUACAAAGCGAUCGGAAAUGCAGAACGAUAAGUUUGCCCCACCGCCGUUGGCCAUGCAAAACGACAAGUACCCGCCGCCAAUAGGCUUCUAUCCUCCACAAGGACAGCCAGGAUAUCCACAACCAUCUGCACAGCCAGGAUAUCCUCAGCCAGGGCAGCCGCAACACAUCACACCGGCGGAGACAUACGGACCACCACCACCGCCAAUGCCCCCGCGGGAUCCACACACCAGAGUGGAUCCACCAGGAGGAUGCUUUCAGCGCAACCAAAAGAACAAACCUCAAUCCAAUGCUGUGGGCGCAGCUGGUCUCAUCUUUAUCUCUGGAGGUAUGAACAUAGCGUGGGCGAUUGGGUUCCGAGGACCAAUCUAUUACCAAACCAGCAAGCACAAUUACAUUGCCUGGUUCAUAGGUGCAAUUAUUGGAGCUUUGGUAACGAUGGCGCUGACCAACAAGGUGGCCAAAAAAUAUGUUCUGCAAUUUUCUUCAGUGUUGGUGACCAUCGGUGGAUUGGUUAUUGCCUGCACCCACCAUAAUGGAGCUGGAACCACGGCAGCAUGUUACCUAGAUGGAAUUGCAAAUGGUCUGGUAUUUGCCCCAUUUAUGGCCUUGGUCGGAGAGAUCUCGGUUCCUUAUAUGAGGGGCAUGGCCAGUGCCACCUUGGAGCAAUUGUGCUUUGGAACCGGUAUACUUCUUCAGAUCAUUUAUGUGUCGAGUUGGACAUAUUCUUCGUAUAUGACAUACAAUGGUUUUACGUCCGAGAAUAUGAAAGGUGUGCUGAGCACAAUCUACGGCGUUUUGGCCCUUAUUAUGGGCUCAUUUUUUACCAUCGAAUCGCCGGUUCUGAUGCUGGCCAACAACGAAGAACAGGCGGCCAUUGACGCACUGCGUCGUCUACAAAAGCCUGCCGUGCUAACCGAGGAAACCUACGAGCUGCUGGCGGAGCACAAACGCUACUUGGCCUACAACAAGAACAUGUCAAAGGGUGAAAGCAUUUCCAAAGCGCUGCCCACCUUCAUGAGACUUGCAUACCUGCGCGCCCUGAAUGCGAUGAGCAUCUCCAGCUUUGUGGUCAUCACUUAUUCCGUUUCGAUCAUAGUCUCCAAUGAAUUAGGAAAUGCGAACGCCUUGUACAUAGGAUUCGCCUUUUGCCGUUGGUUGGGAUCCCUAAUCCCAUCCUUUUUCAUGGAGUCCUUGGGCCGAAAGAAGCCCGCGGUCUUUGGCCUGCUCGUAAGCUGCGGCUUGGCCUUUGUCGUGGGUUCACAGUACAAUUUGUAUACGUAUAUGAGCCAUGUGAUCGUCUUGAUAAUGAUCUUCGAGCUCUUUGCGGGUAUGGCCUUCUCUUCCAACUCGGCCUACCUGGCGGAGGCAUAUCCCAUGGGAGUUAAGCAGCACUUUAUCGGUUUUACUUUCAUCACCGAAAUAUUUGUCUUCCUCAUCAUAAAUGUCUGUGACUUCAAUUUGGCUCAAGGAUACAACUACUUCUACGUCAUGGGAGCCAUGUACCUGGCGGGAGUCAUUCUCGGAGUCCUUACACUGCCGGAGACAAGGAGGAUGACCUUGCAAGGUGCCCAGGAGCAGUUCAAUAAAUUCGUUAACUUCCGCUUUUAAUGUUCAAAGGAAUUAUAGAUUAAUAAAUCUGCUAUUAAACUGCAAGAGGUCAAAGGCCUCUGUAUUCCUCCACAUAACGAUACUC